GAACAGCUGGGGGUCGUCAUGAGGAGGCCUGAACAGACCGGAUCAGUCUGAGCGCUCCGACUGAUCGGGAGCGUUUUCCUCUCGAUGAACCGCAGACAGACUGAAGGAGGCUGAAGAUCAGCUGCACGCAGCAGUCACCUGUGAGCCUCGGGGAUGGUGUAAGGAAGCCUAUGAGGGUCAUUUCCUCCACAGUCUGACCAGGAUGUUGCAGUUGUGUAAAGUCACCAACGCUCUGUUCAUCAGUAACGCCCGCUCAGCCUGCAGCGACGAGCUCAUCCAGCAGGAGGCGGUAACGCUCUGCAUCAAUGUGUCCAAGCAGCAGCCGUUUCCCUCCAGCGGCGUCACCAAGCUGCAGAUACCCGUCUACGACGACCCCAACGAGGACCUGUACAGCCACUUUGACCGCUGCGCCGACACCAUCCAGACGGAGGCGAACCACGGCGGACGCAGCGUCGUCUACUGUAAGAAUGGGCGCAGCCGCUCGGCCACCGUCUGCAUCGCUUACCUGAUGAAGCACCGCAAACUGUCGCUGACAGACGCCUUACAGAAAGUGAAGACAGCUCGCCACGUGAUCGACCCGAACCCCGGCUUCAUGUCUCAGCUGCAGAGAUACGAAGAGGAGCUGAAGAGGAGACGAGGAAAGUCCUGAUCCUUCACGCAAACCCCCGAGUCCUGCUUUGAGAACCGAACCAGGAGGUGAAGCUUCGUCUCCUCUCUGCACUGAUGCAGGCUGAUCUGCAGGACUCUGCUGUCGCUUCAUUUAAUGCUCAGAUGAAUGAAUUUAACUCCGCCUGCAGCACCAACAAAUAUGUAUUUAACUUAUAUUAAUGUUAGGAUUCUGGAGAUAUCUGACUAAAAUGUAACAAUCCUUAAACAAAGUUUCAUGAACAAAAGUGAACAAAUGGAGUCGAGAACAAGGAAAGAAAUUAAAAAUGAAAAAAAGUCCAAAUUAGAUCAACGAAGGUAAAUAGAAAAAUUAACUAUGAAAUAUGAAUAAAAACGAGAGAGUGAGCAAAGAUAGAACUGCAAUAUUACCUCUUACAUGUACUGAAUGAACACUACAUAAAAACAAUAACUUAUUUUUAUAGCCUUUUACUUUGGUACAAAGUGCUUAAAGAAAGAGAUGGGAUAAUAUUUAGUCUCCAGAAAAUAAAACCAGAUAAAAAGAGUGCAGGAUGCAUAAAAAUUCCAAAUCUGGACUACAAAACUGUAUUUAUUAUCCAGUUAUCAGGUGUGACUGCAGCUGAUCUCCUG